UCAAAAAUCAAAACCAGAACGCAUUAAUGCUCUCAGGAAACUUGACGAUUCAAAAUCCUACGAUUUAAUGCACCUUAACAGUACAAACGCGGUCCACUGGCCAAUUGUGAUUUGCAUAUACCUUAAUUUUUGUAAACAUUUCCUACCGGAAUAGAAAUGUCAUUAGAUUGCUAAGCAUUCCACGUGAUGAGUGCACCACAGCAGCAACCGGGAGACAGGGGAGGAGGAACUUCGCUAGUCACCGGCAGGGAUUUGGCUAAUCAGCCGGCAAGAGGCUCCAACACCGGAAGAUCUGGACACUCGAGCACCGGUUCUCGUGGUCUGAGUCCCAACAACUGGCGACAGAACAACUCAAUGAAAUAUAAUUCGCGACCCUGGCAUCGAGGCCGUUUGGACAAUGGUCACUUUAACAAAAGAGUGUGGUUUAAUCAUAAUCAAAGGCAAUCGCCCUACCCGCAAGCAAACUACGGAUAUCGCGACCAUUCUGAAACCCGUCGUUCAAUCCAGGAACGACAGGAGAGAGAUUAUACUAAAAGAACUGAUUUUCGUGAACGAACCACUGGGUACUCCGAUGAGAGACACUCUGGCAGAUACAUUGAUUACCACGGUAGGCACCAUUAUCACAGAUACAAGCCCAGGGGAAGGGAGGGCCGAACCUAUCAUAGGGACGAAGGUGCUAGAGAUUCCUCUAAGUCUCCUUAUCAUAAUGAUGAAAGUGGUUCCAGUGUAAUCAGAGACACAUUUGAAAUCAAGCGAAUUAAGGAACACAAAUGUGAACAGAAAAGCGAUGCUUAUAAGCCUGAACAUACGGAGGAUAAGCAAAGUGGUGUAAAUCUCUCUCAAAGUGAAGAAAAUAAAAUUGAGUUGGGGCAAACUAAGGAUCAAGGAGCUAAAAAAAACAGCUCCAAAGAGCAAAGUUCGGAUAUCUCACAACCUGAUCAAAUUUCACCAGAAGACCAUCAGAAUACAAAUACGAAUGGGUUGAAAGAGAGAGCGUGUCCUAGCAAGCUGAGCAAGGAAUUAAACGAAACCUCUAAGGCAACGCAGUUUCCCGAUCAAAGAUCAGAGGCACAGUCGUCAGAGGAAAAAUUAAACGUGUCCAAGUUAAGUGAGAACCCUUUUGGUGUACAGUCUAGUCAAUCGAUUCCACGUAUACAAGUGCGCCCUCUUACCGAGCUACUGAGGCAGGAGCUCUUUGCAGUCACGCAGGAGAAUCGUCUGUGCAGGAUACCUCUUCUAAGUCCCCCUCCAUCCGUAUUUCCCGCCAGCCCCAGUCGUCUGGCCAUUAGGCCCAACUUAAGAAAUCGUCGCCGAACCGUAAGCAACUGCAAUUACAAUGCUGGAAGUCUUGGUCUGGCCGCAGAAAGCGAGGCCGUUUUCAAUGAUCGCAUCGCUAGCAUGGACAAGGAGAGUCUGAAGUACAUAAUCAACAAUGGUGACACUAUCUUUGAACCACACUUACAACUCCAGGCCAGGCGGCGUAUACGCGACGAAAUUCGCCGACAGCUAAAGACAAUUGAGUUGGAUAAGCCCAAGGAUUGUCUGGUAAAGGAAUUAGUCGAGGACGAAAUUGUCGAUUCCAUCAAAUUGCCAGCAAUUCUGCUGGAGGAGAUCGAAAAGUGCUUUGGCAUAGAUAUAUCACAGGGUCAGACGGCCAAGGAUUCUGAAGCAGAUAAUCAAGGUACAACAAGAGGUAACGCGGGCGCUGAAAGCCCAGUCCAAGAACCUGAAGAAACAAAGGGAACUUUUAACAGCGCAGAAAGUUCAAAAGAUAUCAAAACUAAGAAGACUAAGGGAACUGUUGACGAUGGGAGUCAGAGCACUAAUAGUAAAUUGCCUCAAGAUAGCGAAGAUGGCUCUGUAAAAUCGAAUGGGGUCAGUAAAAAGGUCUUGCGAGAAAACAAAAAGAAGAAAAAUUGUAAACAGAGCAAAAAAAAAUCCAUUAUUCCAAAUGGGAAUAAGCCAAAGAACCCGAGACAAGAAUCACUAAUAGCAACUCUGCAACACUCUGAAUCAUUAAAUAGGUCCGGAGAUCGUACGACAAGUCCAAAAACUGCCGAUGAGGUCAAGAGUUUCGCGGAAACACAACAAUCAAAAAAUCGUCCGUCCUUGGUACCGACCCCUCCAUGCGAAAGGAUUUUAUGGACGAAUUCAAAAAGUAACCACUCCAAUCCCGCUGCAGUAGAUUCCCUUUCUGGGAUCAGUACACCCAAUAAAAUGGAAAUUAAAAGGGAAUCUAGGAGCUCACCCAUAUCAGUAAGUCCUUUGCCUUCAAAGGAAGUUAUUGAUCUAAUAAGCUCAUCUGACGGAGAGCAUGAAGAGCAUGACGUGGUGGAUAUGGACGUUGAUGAACUUGAAGGUGAUAUUGUAAAUGAAAAAGAGACUUUGACGCAAUCCGAACCGUCAACUGUGGAAAAUGUUGACAGCGACAACUCCACCAACUCCCAAAGCAGCAGUAAAUCUACAAAAAGGCGACGCAGGCUGAAGCUUCAAAACGAUGCAGAAAAUGUGGUGGACAGCUUUGAAAAGCUGAUCCUUCCCCAUCUUCGAGAGGCUCUCACUGAUCGCUAUCGUCGCCAGCAUUCCAGUAGCUUGCAGAGUCGAUUGCACUUUAUCUCCUGCGUAGUGACAAGCUCCGAGCACAAUUCACAAACCUUUAGCAAAAUUGAGGUAGCUAAGGUGCAAAUGAAUCUCAAAGCACCCGACAAUCGCCAAGCUAUCGAAUUUCUUCUAAAAGAAAUUGUCAACGUGGUGAGUCUGCAGAAACAACGUCGUCGGGAGCAGGAUGAAGAACAAAAGCUUACAAAUUUAUUAAGCCCAAAAAAAACAGCAUCCAUAAUUAAGGAAACCCCUAAGGCGUCCAGAUUACGUCAAAUCCAGCAGUGUUCUAUUCCACCAAUGGCUCAGGAUAGUUCUCCAGCUAUAUCACCGCGUCCGAAACCGCCACCCUCUCCUGUCCGCCAAUCAACUCCGCCAGUUGUAUCCCCCUUUCAGACACAUCACUCUUCUCCUGUCCGUCAGUCCCCACCGCCAACUCAGCACAGUCCUAUUUCCGCAACUGUUCAGCAGAGUUCUCCAAUGGUGUCAGCUCUUCAGAAAAGUCCAUCACCUUCAACCCGCCAAUCCUUAACGCCCAUCCGGGAGAAUCCUGUAGACUCAUCUGCACAGCAUGGUUCAGCUCGUCAGAAAACUCGAUCUUCACCUGCCCGCCAAACAACACCAGUCGAAGAUGAUUCUGAAAGCCGUGCUCCUAGCCUAAUAAAUCCUUCCUCUUCGGCGAAACUGGAAUCCUUUCCCGUUGGGUUUCCCUUUCUAGCCAUGGAUCCUGCUCUAUGCAAUUAUACGCGCCUAGCUUGUGGAUCAAAAAUAAACGAACCUUUGGAACAUUUGGGCGACAUGCUGGCGCAGAAUUUGGUUGAAAUUGAUCGUCGUUUGAUGGAAAAUCAAAAUCGUCGCAGCAUUCUGGAUGAUAUGAUAAUAAAGUUUCAGAAGGAGAAAUCUGAACUCGAGAUGGUGAAUCUAGAACUACAGAGUAGCAGGCUUCUACUGAUUAACUCCAUGAUUUCUAGAAAUCAGGCUACUUCUGCUCAAGUCGCUAACUACAAAAGCAAAUCACCUGCGGCUGAAACUGCCCCGGAGUCAACGCACGAGGACAGUUUUGGCAAAGGAGGGAUAGCCAGGAGAACUAGAAGUAGAUUAAGAAGAGCUGUGUUGGUCCUGGCACCCAAGCGUCAAGUAAGGGUACAAAAACGAGUUUCCAAAAAACGUAAAUCAGUCGAAUUAGUAGAGAAAUCCCAGGAAGAUAUUGCUGAACGAGAUAACAAUAAAAUGGAUUCUGAAACGAGCAUUCAAUUAAAUUUUAAGGAAGAGCGGUUGAAGGUGCCAGUUGGUGAUCAAGUAGCUGAUUCCUCGUCCACCGCCAAACUUUCACAGUCGCGCCUCAGCAAGCCAAGUGUUACAGUUAAUCCAACCCACCAGCCACUGGCUAUAAUACCACCACUACCACCCCCACCACCGCCUCCCGAACCAAUCUGCCACAUGCCCUUCGAAACGCCCGGCUCCUUCCUUAAGGAACUGCACGAUCCUGGUCACCACUGGUCAGAGCUCAACUCCAAAGAGAAGUGCUCUGUAGGUUUUGUGCCGAAGGGAAAAUUGCAAAAUGUUGGCAGUCCCAUUACCCAAAUAAAGAUCUACAGGGAGUACGUAAUAGCGGCAGCCGAGGAUGGGGAUAUCUACAUGUUCCACCUGGUCACUCACAAGCUGGAGCGAAAGAUCACAAAGCACAGCGAGGCUAUCACGAAUAUGUGCCUCAGCGAAAAGGAUUCCAUUCUGUACACCACCUCAGCGGAUGGCUUUUUUAAGAAGUCAUCGCUCCUGAAUCUGGAGCGGGUUAUAGAAACGGUGUACCUUAAAGAGCCCUUGCAAUCGAUAGACGUCGCUUGGGGAUUUGCCUUUAUUGGCAGCCGAUGGGGUCAAAUCUCUACCUUCAACGUAGUGACAAACAAGGUGAUGGAACAGCCCUUGGUAUCAACCGGCCAAUCCAUUAUUGCCAUUAAGGCCACCAACGAAGGUGUUCGGAGGAUCCUUGUGCUGGGAUGCAAAGGAAAUUUUGUCCAAAUGCAUGAUGCGGUCAACGGACUGCUGCUACGUCGCGUAUUUAUUGCAGAGGGCUUAAAUAUCUACAGUCUGCUUCUAGAUGAAGGACAUAUGUAUUGCGGAACGCAGAAAAACGAGAUAUAUCAAUUGGAGUUUUAUACUGGAAAUUUGGUCACCAAGUUUAGCUGUGGAAAUGGAGCUGUUGCUAUUGCGUCCUAUGGAGAGCGUUAUUUGCUAGCCGGCUGCUACGAUGGCUUUAUUUACGUCCUAAACAAGAUAACUGGAACUCAAGUGGGUCGUUUCGUGGGCGCUGGUCGCAUGGUCUUAGCCCUUUCGGUUGCUGGGGAUAAGAUCGUCACAUCUUCUAAAGAUAACUCGCUGGAGAUUCUGGAGGUGCCCUCAGCUUUGGUAAAUGGCUAUUAAGACGCAUAUCAUUAUUUGUAUAAGUCGGAUUUAAUUUAAUAAUUUUUAACACAAACUUGCUUGUAUAAUACAAUUUAAUGGUCUUAGUCCUUGAUCACGGACUUAUAAUUCGUUCUCUGUAUUUACAAUUGAAUAUUACAUUUUUCUGUUAGCGCCCGAUUGCAUUUUUGCAAUUGAUCUACUUGAAGAAUUUCGCCAUAAACAAAGUAUAAACGAAUAAAAAGAGAACAUCCAGUAAAAUUAUGAUAAAUGUAAAA